AUACUUACAAAAAUAUCAUCUCAAGUGAUUGCUUCCCUAAAAAUUUAUUCGCUCUUUCAAUAUCCUUCCUUAGAGCCAUGUCGCAAUUUGGAGUUUACAGCGACCAGAAGGUACAAGGGCAAACGCCUUUCGAAUCACGUCUUACGUAUGGCUGACGUAGAGGACCAAGAAAUAUGCGAGAUGCAGUGCUUCAUAGAAAACAACUGUUUCAGUUAUAACAUUAUGACCAGAAGUGAUAGUGGAAAGCAAAGAUGCGAAUUAAAUAAUGCUACACAUGAAGGGCACGAAAGAGACCUGAAGACAGACACGGAUUACGUAUACCAGGCCGCUGAGGUAUGAGGUAUCUUUUGAAGAUUAAGGUUUAUGAUGACUUUCUACAACAAGCGAAUUCUGAGCUUAUAAGCUAAACUUGAAACAUGAUUUCUUCUGUUCCUUCCAAUCUUUUGUCAACUAACCUUUUUUAAUCAUUAUCGUAAGGGGCAACUUCUUAACCUAAUGGAUCGAAUUCAAGGUUAAGAGCAUGGCCCAUGGAACAGAGAUAUAUGUUUCGCCAGCAGUUUUAAGUAUUAACGGAUAGCAGUGAUACAUAAUUGGGGCGGGGAGCCUCUUCUAAAUUGUUUUAAAAGUUUUUAUGUAUUCACUCUAGAAAAAGUCGAUCUAAAUCCCACUGGUUGUUAGAUAUAUUUGAAGACAUCGCAACCAAUUAGUGAACACCCCUAAUUUUUUAAAUUAUUUUUAUCUUCCCUUAUACAGAGCAGAUGCUCUAGUAGCCCUUGUAGUAAUAAUGCCACCUGUCAAACUGGAUUUACAGAGAGAGGAUAUCGCUGUUUGUGCCUUGAGGGAUUCACGGGGCUAAACUGCAGGAAAGGUGAGCAUUCAGCUAUAAGCUAAGCCUGAGUCCAGGCAUAUUGUGUUUGAAUUAGGGAUCACUUGGAAUAUCUCGUAUGCGACAUUUUGUUCAGUAUAAUCGCAACUUAUAGAAGAUAAACCUAUCCCGUUAUGAAGUCUAUUCCUUUCUAAGUUAUGAUUCGCUCUUUAUUUGUUGUUAUUCUUUAUAGAUCGUGAAAAGAUCUUAACGAUAUGUUGAUAAUUUCGGUAUUUUUUGUGAUCGACUAAAAGAUCAAUCAGGAGGAAUUUCGGUUUGGUUCGUCGCGUGCAAGUAAAAAUGUUUAUCAAAUCUACGUAAAAGACAUGAGCUUUUCCAGAUUGAGUUGUCACAUGUCUGUUUCAUAUACAUAACAGACUUGUGUAACUAACAUAACAAUGCAUUUUUAAAUGCUGAGCGGCCAGGGAAACUUUUCUUGGGUGCUCGCCAUAGUAAUCGUUGCAGUGUCUACUCAAUAGAGUGGUCCACUAAAUAUAGGUUCGUUCUAGUCGAAUGCGAGAUAAAAGUGGAGAAAUUAGUCCGCCUAUUUAAGGUUUCAUUACAUUCCUCUUUUCAGAUGUGGACGAGUGCUCUUCUGGAGUACACGACUGUGAUGUUCAUGCUGAUUGCAUUAAUACCGAUGGUUCUUUCAAAUGCAUUUGUAAACAUGGAUACCAAGGAGAAGGAAAGAGCUGCCAAGGUUUGAGGCGUGGUUUCAUGUAACACGAAUGCAAUCUUCGUGCAUGGCCGAGUGGUUAGGGUACUGAACUUUUAAUCUGGUGGUCCCAGAUUCAGGUCCUCCACCCUGCCAUUCAUAAGGAUGACGGUUACUACUGGGAAUAGACAGUUGUAGAACAGCACCAUUAAUUUUUUUCUAUAAAAGGGAAUAAGCGUUUGAGGUUUCGAGACAAGCAACAAAUGGAUUACCUUUUUUCUGUGAUUUCUUGCCUAACUAUAUUUCGACAAUUGUGGAUGAGCCAAAAGUAAUUAUUGUGUCUUUUUUUUUUCUUUCAGCUACAAAUUUUUCAUCAGCAAAGGAAAUUUACGCGUCGAACUAGUAAGUAACUUCCAAGGCUUUCAUUAUCAUUUCAUGAACAAAUUUAAACACUGUUUUUAUUAUUGUUGUUCCUAGUCUCAAAACCUAGACUACGCACUACUCCUCCAUUUUCAUUCCAACACUUCCAAUUUCUGUCUUGUGUUAUUCUGUUACAAAAAGUGAAUGCAAAAGAGCUCAAAAUAGGCAUAAAUUAAAUUUCAGGUUUCCUUACAUGAAUGGCGUGAUUCCAAGCUGACACAAAAUUUUUGAUUAUUUAAGUUCCAGAGAAAACAAAGCCUUUCCACUGCGCGUUGGAUCUGAAGAGAUCCGCACAUUCUGCGUCCUAAACGAUACCAGCUUAGGAUCAUGUGGCGGAGGGGGCUGGACACUAGUCAUGAAAAUUGACGGAAAAAAGGUGCUAAUAAUUAUAAUCAUCACCGUCAUUCACAAGAUCACGGGAAGGUCUUCUACCACUUCAAAUCUCACUUGCUCGAGUUCGGCGAACACGGAACUCGCUCUUAAUCGAUAACAGCCCCGAUCUUCACCGUUACUUCACACCCGUUAACACGUGCUACAACCUCUACCGUCCUCGCAACUCGAAGCAGUCUUCGUUUUCGUUCAGAACGUUCUCUACAUCAUGAUCUCACAGCCCAUAACUCGAACCACAUUUCUCAUUUGGAAAACUUAAAGUCUUAGAAUUAUAUUAUGUUCCUUUCUUUAUCCUAUUUUUCUCUUAUACAAAACGUGCCAUCACUUUAAAAAAUUUCAUUUGAAUGAACUUUGCAUCGGAAUCUUAGAACCCCAUGCACGAGCCUCUUAUCGAUUCUUUGGAGCAAGCAGUUACAAAUAUAUUACAUUAAUCACAUUCGGUUGCUCAAAUCCAUUUGACAUAUUUCUGUCUCUAUCAAUACUUUAACCUUUUUUUUUUAAACAGCAAACGUUUCACUUUGACUCUGCUUUUUGGACAAACAAAGAAGCAUACAAUCUAACCGGUGGUGAGACAGGAUUUGAUACUGAAGAGACUAAGUUACCGACAUACUGGAACACACCUUUCCUUAAGAUCUGUCUUGGUAUGAGGAUCCCUGGUGAAGAUACUUUGCAUUUCAUCGCUGUAAACCAGUCCGCUGACUCGCUCCACUCACUGAUUGCUGAUCAGCAGUACCGACCCACCUCAUUAGGCCGUGAAACAUGGAAAUCACUGCUUGGUUCCGAAGGGUCUUUGCAACUUAACUGCAAUAAGGAAGGAUUCAAUGUGAUGAAGGAAAACAACUGCUCCAAAGCACGAAUCGGUAUCAAUAGCAACAACGAAAUCGAUUGUUGGACGAGCGAUUCCGGAGUUGGGUUUGGUAUUGGUGGAUUCCUUAGUGUCAAUGGUACGUGUGGUAACGUGGCGUAUUAUGAACCAGAUAAUGGAGAAAAAAGUAUCAAAACUAUGGGAUACAUUUUCAUUCAGUGA